AUGACUAUCCACCCCCUUGGCAAGUUUCACCGGUAUCUUUGGGAUGGCAAGUAUCGCAACUACGGCCUGAACCAUCAUCACUUCCCAGUCAAGCGCCUACUAGACCUCUAUAACUCUGGCACAUGGUCCGACAAAAAGGCGCAGAGAAAGUGGGAGCUCUAUAACAAGAGGAAUGACAGUCCUAAGCUGCCUUUCCAACUGUGGCGGUACCCGCCAUGGCAACCCGAGCGAAAGUCGAAGCUGCUUUCACCCUUCUCGAACAAGCAGCCGUGUAUGUAUAUCAAAGCUGACCCGGCGAUCAUGAUGCACGACUUUGGUCGUGAUGAGGGUCAAAUCGCCUGGUGUACAAUCAUGGGGAAGAAAGAAUGGACAUUGUCCGAGUGGAAGGAUGUGAGGAUCGGGAGGAGGCGAGACGUCUGUCUCAAGAACAACCUACACAGCCGGGACGGGGAAAUGUGUCAGUUGGCACCCUGGCCUACUCUCGACGACCUGCGAGAGACCUUGAACAGCCAGAUCGCGUUUUGGAAGACGGUCAUUCAGGCAAGAGACAGCGAUGCUUCCUUUGCCACGAGUCUCGGCCACUCAACUGGCGAUUACGAACGAUUCAUCAAGUUGCUUGGAAGGCCUGCCGAAGGAACCUUCACCUCACGCCCGGUAGAAUACGACAUGGACACAAUCUUUCGGUCCAAGUCAGGUACUCACCUGUUGAGAAGCCGCUGCAUUGUACCACCGACCCUAGCCAUCGACCUUCUAUGGCAUACACAUCGGCUUUACCCAGGUUCCUACUGGGUGUGGAGCUUUAGUGUUGCCAGGAGGCUCAUCGACUAUGAACAUGUCACUUCGGCCGCUGCAGCGGGCUUGUUUUUGAAAGAUACAAGGAUUGAGUGGACGAAGAAGUAUGGCACAGACUGUCCCAAAGAUCUCGUCAUGGAUGGGCCAGGAGGAGAGGGCUAUGUUCCCGAUGCAGCUGCCGUUCCACCUGGCCAUCCUGCCAAGAUAAAGGCAAAGUUUGUACUUGGUGGCACCAACCCUAUCAGGAAGAGAAAGAGGCGGACGAAGGGUGAGUAUUUUGUCUUUGAUGGGGUUUAUGUAUCUUUUGAUAGCGGAGAUUGCGGUGGAGGAGAUGGAGGCGGUGGCGGCGGGGACGGAGGAUGCGGUGGUGACGGUGGAGGUGGCGGUGGCGAUGGAGGAGGGUAG